GAUUAAAAAAGUCGUCUCUCCCUCUCCCUCUCCCUCUCAAUAGGCGGGAUUAGCCUUUCCUAGCCACCACGCCCACCAGCCUUCCUCGCCGCCGCUACUUCCGUCUUGCCUCACCGUGCCACCAAUUCCUCCGUGCUGCUUUGCCGCUUGCAAGAACCUUGCCCGCCGGCGUCGCUGUAGUGUGCUCCGGCAUUCAAGUAUCGUUUUUGUGUGCUCCGGAGGAUUUUGGUGGGUCUGCACAGCCGCCUAACCGCCGGCGCCGCCGGUGGUGGCAUUCUCUCAUUCUCCUUCCUCUUUGUUUUUUUUUCUUCUCACCUUUCUCUCUCGUCUCUCAUUAGAUUUGGUUUGAUAGCAGACUCAAUUAAUAGUGGAGAAGCUAGUGGACCAUUUUUUCCCUAAUAAUUUUUGCCCGUCAAAUUAGUAGCACUAUAAAUUUGUAAAAUAAAUAAAAAAAUAAUUACACAAUCAGCUCACAUUUUCCUCGAAAAAGGUAUCUCAAAGUCUUUUCAUCCAACCGUCACUUUUAAUUUGUAUAGAUUAAAUUGUCGCUUCAUCAGAACAAUAGCUGUAGCUGAUUCUUUCCAAAUUAUUUUAUGUAUAAAGAAUCGCAGUAUUAUCAAUACCUUAACCAUUAUUUUGAUGUGCAAACCUUUUAGCAGUUUAGGAUUUUGUUAAUGUGAAAAUAGUGCAUAAACUUAAUUGAUGGAUUGAGAUGCCAAUUCAUUGCUACAAUUGGAUACAGAUGGACUCAAACAUCAAAACAGUUGAGCAAAGAUUGAAGUCUUUCACCAGUCAGCUUCACACAGAAUGUGGAAUUCUUGAGAGGCUUGUGUAUAAACACAAGAAUCAGCAUCGAAGAUCCUCAUAUUUUCAAUACAUUCUUAAGGUAAGAAGGGAUUUGCAGCUUUUGAAAUCACUUAACCUGGACGAGGUAUUGGAAUCCUCUUUUCUGGUGAUACAUGGAGACAGGCCUAAACAAAAGGUUCAGCUUUUGGAAGGUUUGAAGAGAAGAAAAACUAACAGUGGAAAAUAUAAUUUCCUGGAAAGGCUUUUGGGAGUUACCCGUCUAUUGUCACAGAUUGUUGAGCCUUUGUUGAAGGCAGCUAUAGAGAUAUCCAUGCUUCUUGCUCGGUCAUUUUUCAUGAAGUUUUCACUGGUGGUUUUGGCUGUGCUUGCACGUGUUCGCGUACUGGUUCAACAAAUGCUUCUUGAUGCUGUUCUUCUAUACAACACUGUUUCUUCUCUUUCUCUAAAGGAACAAAGUAUUAAACUAAAACAAGAAGGAUUUGAGGUCUUUAGAGAAUAUUUUCCAAGAAAGGAGGAAGCCAAGAUUUUACUAGAAUGCAUUUGGCAGAAAGAUAAGUUUGUCUUAGUUGAGACGACCCACAAAAGUGAGACCACUGGUUAAGAGAAGGAUGAGCGAGGAGAUAUCUCUUUGAGCACUCCGCAAAUACUGUAUGAGAACAUUGAGGUUAUACUUGGAGUUGAUGAUUCUGGGGCUGCAGCAUCUGUACAUCCUGCAAUUGAUGCAAACAAUGUUGAAGAAAACUGCAGUGAUGCUGCUGGAUUUAAAAAAAGAUGAGAAGAAUGUUCCAGAAGCUUCAGAUAUAGCUCCAUCUUCUACUGCAAAUAUAGUUUCCUUAGAAGAUGUAUUCACCAAUUCCUCAGCUGGAUCAUUCUCUGACACAAGUAGAAAUAAGUUCGGUGGAGAUGCUUCAUGCUCUGUGAGAACCUCUGAAGCGGAAGUCACUCGCAUAGAAACUAGCCACCCUGCUUUUUCAACUACACCGACCGUUUCAAGACCAUUCAAAAAGGAAACAAGAAGGUUGCUUUUGUAGCUGUUAAAUCAACUACAGAUCAAUCGAGGUUUCCUCUAAAAGGCACAGAGAGGAACAGUAACGAUCUAUUUUUCAGUCUCCUUACCGGUGGGAACAAGAGUAGUCUGUUGUAAGUAAUAGUGGCCUUUCAUAGUUGAGAUCGGAGCAGCUGACAAGUAACUUGUUCGCAAAUUUUGGAUAUGAUCCUCGGAAGUCAUGAAUGGCCUCUAGCCGGACCAUUUAGCCUUUCACAACUAAGGAUGGAUGCUUGCAUGUGCUGGCCUGGUCGGCCUGGUCUGGCCUUAAGGCUACCAUUGCUUUUAACACCCUCAGAAUAUUUGUUCAGUGUAGAACUGUAGAUCACAUCUGAUAGGUUGUUUUUGGUUUAAAUUUAAAACUUUAUUUAAUAUAUUAUUGAUAGUAUAUCUUUACUGUUAUUGAUACAGAUACUGAAAAAGUGCAUAUUCCUUUUUUAAAUUGUGAGAUAUUGAUUUUGAGAUUGUGAGAUAUUGACUCUUUCUAAAUUCA